AGCGGAGCGGGCGGCCCCGGCCCCGGCUUCGGCCCCGGCCACGCUGGCGCCCGGCGACCCUCCCGAGAUGCCGGUGCGGAGCGAGCGGUGCCGCGCGGGUGGGGCGGCGGGUUCGGUUUCUUCUCCCCCCUCCGUGUCGGCCGCCAGCAGCCUGGUGCCGCCGCCCCCCAUCAACACGGCGCAGCCCGGCGUGGCCACCUCGCUGCUCUACAGCGGCGCCAAGUUCCGCGGGCAGCAGCGGAGCAAGGGGAAUGCCUACGAGGUGGAGGUCGUCAUGCAGCAUGUGGAUAUGGAAAACUCCUAUCUCUGUGGAUACUUGAAGAUUAAAGGCCUUACAGAGGAGUACCCAACCCUCACCACUUUCUUUGAAGGGGAAAUAAUCAGUAAAAAACACCCUUUCUUAACACGCAAGUGGGAUGCUGACGAAGACGUGGAUCGUAAACACUGGGGAAAGUUCCAGGCUUUUUACCAGUAUGCAAAAACAUUUAACUCUGAUGACUUUGAUUAUGAGGAUCUGAAAAAUGGGGACUAUGUCUUCAUGAGAUGGAAGGAGCAGUUCCUAGUCCCAGAUCACACCAUCAAAGACAUCAGUGGUGCUUCCUUUGCUGGUUUCUAUUACAUCUGCUUCCAGAAGUCAGCAGCAUCUAUAGAGGGCUAUUACUACCAUAGGAGUUCAGAAUGGUAUCAGUCACUGAAUUUAACUCACGUUCCUGAGCACAGUGCUCCUAUCUACGAAUUCCGAUGACAGCUGCCCAGAACUGGUACUGUCCAGAACCAAACAGGGCAGGAGAGCAUGGCCUGCCAGGAGAACUGUGUCCCUGUGGGAGCACGGGAAUGCACGCUUCUCUCCUGCCCCUCGGACUCGUGAGAAGAGAGCCUGAAUGUUAAACCCACCCAGCACAAGGAGUGUGGCUGCUGGAGCCUGAUUCUCCCUCCUGUCGAGUGGCGAUUUGAUCUUUACUCUGGUUUUAAGCUACCUUUAAAUGCACUUUCUUAUUGCACAGCUAGUUUCUCUAUCACUGAAGUUCCUCCUGGCUCUCCUCUGGAAGCUUUUUCUCAGUAGCUGGAGUCAGUGGUCUGAGUAAUAAGAAAAUAGAAGCUCGGUGCUUAUAUUUUCAUUGUUACAGCCUGAUUUGGGUUGAAAUCGCCAGGAUUCAGGUGUAUUGCCCUGAUUGUCAGCUCUGAUGCUCCCUGGAGCCGGGUCCUGUGUGUGAGGCUCUGCUUGGCAGAGAGCUGCAGAGUCUGUAGGGGGGGUGUUGGCUGAGACAGAGAAGGCUUGAAAUGAGUCUCUUUUGCUUUGUGUUGGCUAACGAGGUUAGCCAGAGCUGCAGAUCUUGCAGGAACACCAGCCCUUUGGAGCUGGGAGCUGUUCCCAAGUGUCUGGAUACGCCACUGGGAAUUGAUUUGAUGUUUAUGGACUUCCAGGCUCUCAGUAAAGUGGAUCUGAACUCUGCUUAUAUAGGUGUAUAUUUGCUCUUUACUUAAGUUAAGGGUAAAAACAGACAAACAAACAAACAAAAAAACCAAAAAAAAAGAAAAGAAAAAAAAAAACAAGAAAAAAAAAAAGACUUAUUGAAAAAAAAAACCAAACAAGAUCUUUUUAUGGUUCCUUUUCCCAAGGAGCCUACAGGAAAUGCACAAGUACUUGUGUACGUGUGGCCGUUUUCACAUUGAAAACCGGGAAGUCCCGCGUUGGUUUUUAUAUCCGUGUCUGUAACCAGCUUUGGGCAAGUAAUCUGGAGUGCAAGUGCUGAGCAGGAGCUGUUCAGCAUUUGUACUCACUCUUCAUGCUUCACCAACACCGCUGCUUGGUACCUUUUUGCAA